UUGCUUCAGAGUUGGUUGGUCGGUCUGUCUGGGGUGUGCCAGGUUUUCAGUGCCAAGCUCUGAUAGUGAUUGAAUUCCUGUAGUUCUUUUGUUUGGCUGCGUUCAGACUGCAACAUGUGGAGGUUUGGGAACAUUUUGUUAUGGAACUUGAUGGCUGCAGUAAUCCUCUUGGGUCAAGCAAGGCCAAAUAUGAAGCUUAAUUCACAGUCAAGCAGUGGUUUACGGUCAGACUGUGUGGGUAAUCUAAUGAGGCUGUCGUUGGACAAGGCCCUGGCAGUGGGGAACGAGCUUGAAGUGGAGGCCACCAAUGGCACCCAGCACAUUGUGUUGACACCCAACUUGGCUGCUCAGUGUGGAUUCAGUAUGGAGUCUGACCCCUGGGGUAACACCAGAAUCUACUCUUCUCUGAUGGGCUGCUAUGUGGACAACAAAGACGAUAAAACAUUUAAUGUUGGCGUAAGGCUCCAAAUGUACGGCCACAGUCCUUCAGAUGUGGUUACUCAUGAUGUGAUGCAGACCUGCAGCUACACUCGGUGGGCCUCUAGAGAGAUUCUCUGCGACAGGAACUACAUGGAAGUGUCAAAGCACAUGGCUACUCCUGAUGCACAAGCUGAAGCUAAGGGACAGGCUAAAGAUGUUCAAGAGAUCAACACCGUUCCUGAGGCCUCUGGGUCAGCACAUGGCAUCUGGAAACUGACAUUUUACACCCCUGAGCCGGUGGCAAUGGUGCUGAGGGAGGCCGAACAAGCCGGCUAUGGCGCCAUGAUGACCUCGACCCGUCUGGUUGUGCGAUCCCCGUACAAUACAGCAGAGACUUAUUCGGAGGAUGUGGCUGGAGUCCCCAUGGAAGUUUUCAAGGUGAGCGCCUACUACAAGGCACCACAUGGUCUGAGUGUAGUGAACUUGGCAGCUGCUUGUCCUACAGGUGGCGUCCUCUUCACCGACAAUGUAAUCUCUUGGCACGUACCUCGCCGUGUGACACCUCUGGUAGGUGGCAGCUUUGAAAUCUUAGAAAUGCACAUGGGCAUCAACGGGAAGAGGCUUGAUGGGUCUCAGAUGGCCGCACGGGGGUACACUCUGUCCUCCACCGAUUUCCACAUCGUCAUUGAGAUCCCAGUGGGCUCGCCUGAUGGUUACUACAAGAGCCAUGCCCCAGAUUACCAGUACCACAUCACCUUUAUUGUGGAGCCCAUGCUUGAGGUACUGUGGAGGACCACUGACACCCAGGAUGAUACCAGAUACAAGGUUUUGUUCCCCAUUACCACCCCUCUUAUGCCUCGACCUCCCCAUGUCCAAGACGAUACUGUACCGGAAACCCGGGUGUUCAGCGUUCACUUGGGGACCUUUAUUCAUGAUGUGGAGUUGAGGAACAUCACCUUCUCCACCGGAGUUCUCACUGUUGAGGAGAGCAGGGCCAGAGGCUUCACCGUCCAGGAGCAUAGCUACUUCAACAGAACCAAGAGCUUUUCUCUUUUGGUGCCCUUCGAUACCGAUGUUGUCCUAAAACAAAAUCCUGAACGCUUGGUGACAACCUACUUCCUCUCUCUGAUCUUCGGGUUCAUCAUCCUGCCUGAAGAAACUCCAUUUGCCCACCCAGUUGAUUUGCAGGCAUCUCUGCAGGAUGUUGUGCUACCCACCAUCACUGGCACCUGUGACCAGAACCUGUUUUACAUCAGCGUGAAAUACGGAAGUCAAGGAAACCAUUUCAAGGCCAUGGUUGGACCUCGAGAGAUGACACCUGAGAUGGCUGACGACUACCAUUUCCAAGAAAAUGGCACACAUCUCAGCUUCAUACUGCCAUACGCUGCCAAGGACAUUGCGUUUGAGCUGAUAACCUCAGACUCACUCAGAGCCAGAGUUGACUUGCUUCUGUUGGAUCCCAGCAACAACUGGGUGCUUGCUGAUCUCUACCUGGCCUGCAGCUUCCCCUUAAAAACAACCAAGUGCUAUGCCAAUGGAACAAUGACCGCUAUGGCUGUGAAGGUGGAAUCUCUGACCAAUCUCAUCCCAAGUAUGCUGACCCUAAAGGACCAGUCCUGCAAACCAGCCAUCAGUGACAAUCGCUUUGCAUAUUUCUCUUUCAAUGUUGAUUCCUGUGGAACCACUAGAACAUUCUUUGACCACUACAUGCUGUAUGAAAAUGAGAUUGGCCUGUAUUAUAAUGACAACGACAACAAAGGAGUAGCCUAUACAUCACCAGUUGAUCCUGACUACAGACAAACAGUUUCCUGCUACUAUGUGGUCAAUGAGACCCAGACUGUUGCAUUCAGCUCUAAGCAAACACGCUAUGAACCCACAGCAGAGAUCAGCUCAGGGCAGCUGAUGGUGCACAUGAGGCUAGCCCAGGAUUCCUCAUACAAUCUCUUCUACCAAGCAGAAGAUUACCCAGUUGUAAAAUAUCUGAGACAGCCUCUGUAUUUCGAGGUGGAGCUGAUGGAGUCUACUGACCCAAAUUUGGAGCUCAUCGUGGAGAACUGUUGGGCUACACUUCAUGAGGACCGUAUAUCUUUGCCUAGCUGGGAUAUCAUUGUGGACAGCUGUGAGAAUCCUGAUGACAGCUUUGUGACACUUUUCCAUCCUGUUGUGAGCAACGCCAGGGUUUUAGUCCCAUCCCACAUCAAACGCUUCUCUGUAAACAUGUUUACCUUCACUAAAGAUGAGGAGGUUCUGAAAGACGAGAUCUACGUCCACUGUGAUGCAGUGAUUUGUGACACAAACAGCCAAGCAGAUGGUUCAUGCAGAGGCCAGUGUGUGCAACCUACACGCCAGUUUAACUCCAGACAGCAAGGAGUAAAACGGGAGCGACGAGGAACAGACUCUACCCACAAAAGGCAAAUCUCUUCUGGGCCCAUCUUUUAUACAUCUGGUCAAACUUCUGAAUAAACAAAUUUUCUA